GUUGGCCACAUUUCGAGAAUUACAUCGGUCCUGAAAUGACUGAAUAUAGGAUCAAUCGGACGUUUCGGGAGGCCGUCGGCAAACUCUCCGACACACCAUUGCCAGUGCCAGCGCUGGCAAAACUAGUCUUCUUACUGUGGUGUACCAGACAUAGCGAAUCGUAGAACUCUAGGACGAGCGCAGGCUCAUUAAAUUCAAGCUUUUGUCUUUUGAGCACUACUUGCGGAGUGUAGUCUUCUUAUAACAACAUUGUGCAUCACACCGCUAUCAAUUGCUUCGCGUCACCUUCUAGUCUACGCCUGUCGCAAAACGGCAAAACAGUGCUAUAUAGCACUUCGUCCAAAAAACUCGCCCAGUUAGCAUCAACAUCAUGGGCGCCCUCGACUCCUCAUCUCUUCAUCCACCCUCUGACAGUCUACCCCUCUCCCGCUCGGAGUACGGUCUCACCACACUCAACUCCACGUCCAUCCCUCGAACGCUCUACCUCUUCGGCGAUCCGAUUGCUACCUCUCUCUCGCCGCUCUUCCACAACUCAAUCUUCACCAAUCUUGGCCUUCCAUGGACGUAUGCCCUUCAUGAAUCAUCCGAUAUUUCUUCCUUCCUUCCCCUCAUGCACGCACCUUCUUUCAUCGGCGCCUCAAUAACCAUGCCACACAAGAUCGCCUUCCUCGAACAAUGUACCCAUCUAACACCCGCCGCGGUCCGCAUCGGUGCCAUGAACACGCUCUUCGUCCGACUUGACCCCUCUACGGGCGAGAGGCGAUACAUCGGGACGAACACAGACUGUGUAGGAGCAAAGGAAGCGCUCGUACGAAAUCAUCCUGAACUACAGGAGAGACAGCGGGGAAGGCCAGCCUUAGUUAUCGGUGGCGGUGGCGCGUGCCGGGCUGCUGUGUACGCGGUGGGAGAGAUGAUGGGCGCAGGUGUCGUUUAUCUUGUCAGCCGUGAUGCAGCAGAGGUAGACGCCGUCGUCGCGGGAUUCAAGUCGACCGGCUUCAAAGGUCAACUUUUGCACGUCUCUUCCGUCGAACAGGCACGAAGCCUUGCCGCUCCCGUCUGUAUCGUAGGGACCGUGCCCAACUAUCCACCCGUUUCUGAAGGGGAGAUGUUGGCAAGAGAGAUCGUGACGGCUUUCCUGGAGAAAAAGGAGAAAGGCGUGGUCCUGGAGGCCUGUUAUUUUCCUCGAGUGCGGACGGCCUUCGCGCAGCUGGCAAAGGCUCAUGAGUGGGAAGUGGUCAAGGGAACAGAGAUGAUGCUGUAUCAGGGUUUCGCUCAGGACGCUCUGUGGACGGAGAAACGCGUAGAGGAGUUACCAGUUGAGGUCGUGAAGGAGACUAUCCGGGCCGUCGUCGAGAAGAACGAACAGUAGGUUGUGUUGUCUUGGAUGCCUUUCAGCGAGUGCUUUCGACUACCACAAAACACUUUUACUCAGGUCCAUCGGCUUACAGCCAUAGCUCAUGUUUGAG